AUUCUCCACCUCUUUUUUGUUCCUUUGUGUGCCUCUGAUCAGGUCCUGUGAUUUUCAGCUCCUUUCUCUCCAAGGGAUUUUCUCCAUAAAGAAAGCUAUCUGAGAAGAAACUUCCAUGGAUCGCAAAAACUCUGAUUCUUCAGCUUCCUCUGGUUCUGGGGACAAACCGAGUUCCAUUGAUGGAAACCAAUCGACCUCGAGGAUGAAGAUCAGGAUCAAGGUGUCGAAGAAAGCAGACUCUCAAUGUAAAACCAGCUCCCCUGAAUCAGUGACUUCUCAGAUUGAUCAGGUCGGUGGAGCUUCACGCCAUUAUAGCUGCAAGUUCUGCAACCUCAAGUUCAGCUCGGAGCGAUCUCUUGGAGCUCACGUCAAAGCCCAUGAGAAGCAUUCCAAUUAUGACUUCACUGAUAGUGAUAAGAUGGGCUUGGAAGAUGAGAAAGGGAGGAUAAAAGAAGGUUGCAGAGGAGAGAGAAAAAGAACAUUAGAGGAAACAAAGAAGAAAAACCAACAGGAACCAGUUUGUACUCUCUGCAAGAAGACUUUUCCAUCUUUAAAGUCGCUGUUUGGUCACAUGAGGUGCCACCCCGAGAGAAAUUGGAGGGGGAUUCAGCCUCCUGAGAAGCCUGUAUUGGCAGGAAAGAAUGAGCGAAAGAUGUUCAAAAUUUUCAGCAAUGGUGAAACCGGUAAGCUGCCGGAAAACGUCAGCAGUGGCUCAAUCAGCAAUGGCUUGUCAGGAAAGAAUGACCGAAAGAUGUUCAAAAUUUUCGGCAAUGGUGAAACCGGUAAGCCGCUGGAAAACGUCAGCAGUGGCUCAACCAGCAAUGGCUUGUCAGAAAAGGUCAAGCACUCCUGCAGCAAUGGUUCCGCCAGGAAGUCCUCGGAAAGUUCGUCGUAUCAAACUGAUGCCACCAUUACAGAAGCAAGCUCGAAGGAACAUGAUCAUCUCUCGCCUCUCUCAAAGCGUGAUCAUCUCUCGCCCCUCUCGAAUUGGUCGGUCACUGGAUCGAGAAGAAGGAAUAGAACUAUAGCUGAAAAUAAAAAUUUGCAGAGUAAUAAAUUUGAGGGAGUUUUCACAAGCAGUAAAGAAACUGAGGUUGCUUAUAACUUGCUCAUGCUUUCUGAAUCAAUACCUCUUUCUGAAUCUAAACCUCCUCAGAGAAAUUCAGGGGAAGAUGAAAUCAUUUCGACCCGCCAUGAUUCAAAGAAGAGGAAGCUUCUCCUUGGAGUCUCCUCAACUAAUAACAGAGAGGAGGAGGUAAAACAAGAGAAAGCUCAAGAUUCGGUAAUUGGGUCUGAAAUUCCAGUGUCCGGCGACAAAAAACUCCCGCCGGAAAGACAGGGGAGCCAUAUAUGCACUUUGUGUCACAAAAGGUUUGAUUCGGGUCAGGCUUUAGGUGGACAUAUGAGGAGGCAUUUUGACAGAGAGAAGCAUCAAGCAAAGUUGAAAGCUCGCCAUCCUCAGGUUGAAUUGGGAAGAGAGAGAAAGAAUGGGGAAGGAGAAGUUGAAUUGGGAGGAGAGCAAAAGAAUGGAGAGAGAAUGGAGUUUAUAGAUCUUAAUGGGGUGAUGCCUAUCGAAGAUGAGGAUUUGGGAUUUGCUUUCAGUAUGGUGGAGGUGGUGCCUGAUUAUGGUGCUUAUUUGAGCUCUAGACUCAAGGAGAGAAGCUCUUUUCAUGACCUUUGAAUCAUAAGUUUGGAAGAUGAGAGCAUGGUUUGGGCAAUAUUUCAGUGUCUUUGAGUGGGGAAAUUCAGGAAUUUUUGGGGGUUUUGGAAGGAGUUGAGUGAUGAAUUCAUGAAUUAUUUUGGGGGAAAGCUCCAUUCCUUUUGGCAGUUAUUUACUUAUUUAAGCUGACAAAAUUAUUGAUUGAUUUAGUUUAUGGAAGUGAAUCUAGUUAGUCUCUGUAAAUGUGCUGCUUCUGGUUUACAGUGUGGGAUUUUUUUUGGGUUUUACAGAUUAAUUAUCAACCCUUUUUGUAAUGGAGAGUACAUGAAUAAUAUCUCUCUCUGCAAGUCUUUUGGUUUUGGCAGUCCAUGUACAGUGCUAUUCUUAUUU